UUUCCCUCCACUCCUUUCCCGCCUCUCCUCUCUCUAUCUCUCUCCUCUCAAUGCUCCUUCUCCCGCCCACUCCCUCACUCCAUAAAUCCCCAUUUCCCCUCAUCCUCAUCUUCAUCUUCUUCCUUUCAUCUCUGCAACAUGAAUCGAAGAUCCAGAAGAUCGGGGAACUCUCAAUCCGAGACGUUUCACAAGUAUCUAAAACCCGGUGCACUAGCACAAAUUCGGAAUUCUCGGAUGAUCGCUCGAUUCAACCGGGUCAAUUUGGUCUCUCAGAUCUACUCCACUCGUUCCUCCUCGUAUCCUUCCACUAUACCCAUCGACUCCGGUUUGCUUCAGGUUAACAUUGUUGAUGCUUCCCCUUCCUUUGCUGGGAGGGUGUACGGCCCUCUCUGCUUGCAGCGGAAGAAACUUUUGGCUUCUAAGUCUUUGUGGUUCCUCACUUCUAGCCCUACCAAUCUCACACCCGAUUCUCCGCCUGAUCCGGUUAUUGAAGUGUUAGGGGGGUGAAUUGUAUAAGUUUUUGUGUAUGGAAUAGUUUCAACUUGUGAAUCGAUCUUUUUCUUUGUGAAAUUAAUAUCAAUCUGUAAUACAUGAUACCUUUUGUAGGUAGUGUUUGAUGAUGGAUUGUGAAAAUUUUUCUUGAUUUUGACCGGAUUUUAAUAAUAAGAUCUAUCAUAUUCUCGAUC